UGAUUAACUUGUUCUAGGCCUAGCACACUUUUCUGGGUAUAUCACAGGUCCGCAUGAGGCAGACGUGCGCGCGUACAUGGCGAGCAUUUAUUCCGAGUAGCUAAAAAUCUACCUGUGGACGAAUUAAUUUCUGCAUGCAGACGAGCCAUAAAAAUUAAAUUAAAACAUCAACAGGAUGGAUCCUCGAAAAUUGACUGAGCUUUUGCGGGCCACUAUCGAUCCGGCUCAGCAAAAGCAGGCAGAGGAACAACUAAACCAGGUCCAUAAAAUAAUUGGAUUUGCUCCUGGACUUCUCCAGAUUAUCAUGUCUAAUGAAGUUGAUAUGCCCGUGAGACAAGCUGGUGUCAUAUAUCUAAAAAACUUGAUUGUCUCAAAUUGGGCUGACAGAGAAGCAGAAAGUAAUACUUCACCACCAUUUAGUAUCCAUGAACAAGAUAGAGCGAUGAUUCGUGAUAGCAUAGUUGAUGCAACUGUUCAUGCUCCUGAAUUAAUAAGAAUACAGCUCGCAGUGUGUAUUAGUAAUAUUGUUAAACAUGAUUUUCCUGGAAGAUGGACUCAAAUUGUUGAUAAAAUCACUAUAUACCUUCAAAAUCCUGAUGCUUCUUGUUGGCCUGGUGUACUUUUAGCCCUAUAUCAGUUUGUUAAGAAUUUUGAAUAUAAAAAAACAGAAGAAAGAGGUCCACUAAAUGAAGCCAUGAACCUUCUUUUACCGAUGAUUUACCAACUUAUAGUCAGAAUUUUACCGGAUCCUUCAGAACAGUCUGUUCUGCUUCAAAAGCAAAUAUUGAAAAUAUUUUAUGCUCUUACGCAAUACACACUUCCUCUUGAUCUUAUAUCCAAAGAAAUUUUCACUCAAUGGAUGGAUAUUAUUCGUCAGGUAGCUGAUAGGCCAAUACCAUCAGAACAAAGUUUUGAAUUUUUAGACGAUGAUGAAAAAGCUGAACUACCAUGGUGGAAAUGUAAAAAAUGGGCACUACACAUAUUGCAAAGAAUAUUCGAACGAUAUGGAAGCCCUGGCACUGUAAAUAAAGAUUACAAAGAAUUUUCUGAAUGGUAUUUACGGACUUUCAGUGGUGGUAUUCUUGAAGUUUUGUUAAAGAUAUUAGAUCAGUAUCGUAGACAUGUUUACAUUUCUCCUCGUGUUCUACAACAAUCUAUAAAUUAUAUUGAACAAGGUGUAAGUCAUGCUUAUUCCUGGCGAUUUUUAAAACCGCACAUGUACGAAAUUAUUCGAGAUGUAUUGUUUCCUCUUAUGUCCUACUCUGCUGCCGAUGAAGAAUUGUGGAACACAGAUCCAUACGAGUAUAUAAGAGUCAAAUUUGAUAUAUUUGAAGAUUUUGUAUCACCUGUCACCGCCGCACAAACAUUACUACAUUCUGCUUGUAAGAAACGAAAAGAUAUGCUUCAAAAAACAAUGCUAUUUUGUGUUGAAGUCUUAACAAAUCCUAGAACUGAUGCAAAACAGAAAGAUGGAGCUUUGCAUAUGGUUGGAACAUUAGCUGACAUAUUAUUGAAAAAAAAACUCUACAAAGAUCAAAUGGAUAAAAUGUUGAUGCAAUAUGUAUUUCCAGAAUUUAACAGUCCUCAUGGACACAUGAGAACUAGAGCUUGCUGGGUAUUACAUUAUUUUGCUGAAAUUAAAUUUAAACAAGAAGAUAUUCUAUUUGAAGCUGUUAGAUUGACCACAAAUGCCCUUCUAAAUGACACAGAUCUUCCAGUUAAAGUUGAAGCUGCUAUAGCACUUCAAAGUUUGCUUCAAACUCAAGAAAAAGUUCAAAAUUGUGUAGAACCUUGGAUAAAACAAAUUACACUAGAACUUUUGAACAUAAUUAGACUAACAGAAAAUGAUGAUCUUACUACAGUAAUGCAAAAAAUUGUUUGCACUUACCCGCAACAACUGACUCCUAUUGCUGUUGAAAUGUGCCAACAUUUGGCAGCAACUUUUAGUCAAGUUUUAGAAACGGAUGAAGGUAGCGAUGAAAAAGCUAUUACGGCAAUGGGACUGCUAAAUACUAUUGAAACAUUAUUGUCUGUAAUGGAGAAUCAGCCUCACAUAAUGAGUCAAUUACAACCAAUUGUUUUGCAAGUUAUAGCACAUAUAUUUAAUCAUAGCGUAAUGGAGUUUUACGAAGAAGCCUUAUCACUUGUGUAUGAUUUGACAGGAACUACAAUUUCAGAAGAUAUGUGGAAAGUAUUGGAAUUAAUGUAUGAACUGUUCCAAAAAGAUGGCUUUGAUUACUUCACAGAUAUGAUGCCAUCUCUUCAUAACUACAUCACAGUGGAUACUAAUGCCUUUUUAUCCAACGAAAAUCAUAUCAUAGCUAUGUUUAAUAUGUGUAAAGCUGUAUUAGAUGGAGAUGCUGGUGAAGAUCCGGAAUGUCAUGCUGCAAAACUUUUAGAAGUUAUAAUAUUACAAUGUAAAGGGCGCAUAGAUACUUGUAUACCUCCUCUCAUACAGCUAGUUUUAGAACGUUUGACACGAGAAGUUAAAACAUCCGAGUUAAGAACUAUGUGUCUACAAGUUGUCAUAGCUGCUUUAUAUUACAAUCCAAAUUUGUGCCUUCAAACUAUGGAAAGAUUACAUGGUACUUUAGGUCAAUCUUCCGAACCUAUUGCAUCUCAUUUUAUUAAACAAUGGAUUCAUGACACUGACUGUUUUUUAGGUUUACACGAUAGGAAACUAUGUGUUCUUGGGUUGUGUACAUUGAUAAGCAUGGGCCCAAAUAGACCACCAGUAGUCAAUGAGUGUGCACAACAAAUAAUUCCAUCGCUAAUACUUCUUUUUGAUGGUCUGAAAAGAGCUUACGCAGCUAAAGCUGCUGAAACAGAUGAUGAAGAUGAUGGAAAUGAUGAAAGUGAUUUAGAAGAAGAAGUCUUAUCAUCAGAUGAAGAUGAAAUCGAUGACGCUAGUCAAGAUUAUUUAGAAAGUCUUGAAGAAAAAGUUAAUAAAUCAUCAAACCAACACAUGUUUGGUAUAACAACCCAAAUACAACAAGGUGAUCACAGAUCAGAAGAUGAUGACGAAGAAGACUCAGACUUUGAAGCUAAUGAAGAAACAGCUUUAGAGAGUUAUACAACACCUCUUGAUAUUGAGGAAUCAAAUCAAGAUGAGUAUAUUGUAUUUAAGGAAGUAAUGUCAAACAUUGAAAUGACCGAUACACCGUGGUACAGUGCAUUAACAAGUAAUUUAACACAAGAGCAAAGAACAUCUUUGACUGAAAUCAUUGUUUUGGCUGAUCAACGUAAGGCGGCUUUAGAGAGCAAAAGAAUUGAACAAAGUGGUGGCUAUGCUUUUACUUCACAAACUGUACCAUCUACUUUUAACUUUGGCGGAGCACCAUUGGGUCGAUAGAUCUAUAACCCAUGUGAACAAUUUCAAUUUUAUUCUUUAUCAUUUUGAGAGAAAUAAAUUUAUCACUUGGAGCGCACAAUUUUAGCAUGAAUAUCUCCUGGACAAUUAUUAAUUUUCUACUCACUACUUUUGUGUAAAUUUUGUGUUAUUUAUAGAGUAAGUCAAAUUGAAGGAAUAUACUCUCCAAGUACUUGUGCUCAUGUUUCAAACUAAUUACAAGGCUCUUGUACUAAUUGGUUAUAUUGACCAGUACCAAAUAAAACUUGUUAUUUGUUGAUUGUAUGUUUGAACAUUAAUGUCAUCAUGUUCCUAAAAUAGAAAUGAACUUAUAAAGUAACGUGAUCUUUGGCCAAGCUGAAUAUUUCGGAAAUUGCCCACUCUAAUAAUAAUAUUCAGAAGUAGACAACAAAGAUUACAUGAAUGAAAUUCUGGGGAUAAUAAAAACAAGUGUUUUGUGACAUAUUCAUUGAACUCCAGAAAAGAAGACAAAAUUUUUAAACUAUCUCUAUAUAUUUGUUAAAAGUGAAGAAUAAGGAAUUUGUUAUAAAAUUUGUUGAUGUGAAAUAUAACCAAACUUAAAUUUUAGUGAAUGAUGAAAAUAUUUUUUUUAAUUGUACAAAGCCUAAACCAUGUAUAUGUGAAAUUGUAUGCAAAAAUUUCAUCAGUCUGUGAACUUUAUAAUCAAUAUUCAAGUGUCAUUCAACGAAGCUUCCUUUAUAAAUUGCAAAUCAAUAAAUAAUAGCAUAGAAAUAGUUUAAA